AUGGCCGUAUUCAUCUUUAUGUUACCAACAAGCUUAUCAGCAUUACAACGAUUUUAUGAAAGCACAACAUUUCGCAUAAUUUUUGCGCAUACAAAAGCACAUCUUGCAGCAUUAGCUAAUUGGUUUUCUUGUGCUGCUAUAUGGAUUGUACUUGCAGUAUCUGUCGAACGAUUAUUGAUAAUUAAAUUUCCAUUCAGAUCACUGAAACAAUAUCAUGCAGUGGAAUCAAUCAUUAUUAUAGUUGCGAUACUUGCACUCACAUUAAUAUUAACAGGUUAUCAUCAUUUUUCCUAUCGCUGUGCUAUUCUACUGGUGUGCAAUAUGACACAAGUAUAUAUGAAAUGUUUAUCGGUAACCUGGAAUUGGACUAAAUUCGGUUUAGUACCAUAUCAUCAACCAUCCAAUCAAUUUAUUUUUUACAUCAAUACAAGUGUUAUUGCAAAUGCUUUUCUUGGCGUUAUCAUUCCUGUAUUUAUUGUUGCCUUUCUUAAUGUUUACUUAAUUCGUUUAAUACAAAUUCGAACUCAAAAGCUUAAAAUUUUAUCAAAGAAAAAAACGAGAAAUCCAAAGAAGAACGAUUUUGAAAGUUAA